CUAUGCUCCCAUUAAUCGCCCCACCAACACAACUUUCACUUCUAAGUUCCAAACACCAGCGAUUAACCACGCACAGUGGCGUACAGGCGCGUUUGCUGCAGCAGCAGCUGAAUCCGUGCAGUGGCGUGCAAAGGUUAUCACUGUAGGCUUCGCGACCUGUUUCCUAACUUUAGUGGUAUGUUGGUAUAAACCGCGAAUGUGUGUUCCGUGUUGUUAUUGUUGUUGUUGUUAUUGAUGCAUAUUAUUAAUUAUUAUUAACAAUUAACAUGUCGCAGCCUUAAAUAAUAAAAUAUAAUAAUUGUUGCAAUAGGUACCUAUUGUAUUUUCCCUACUGUCGUGUGAAAGUGUGAAAACGCGUCACCGCGAUCGCGUCCGGGCGUCCAGUCGUGCCGUAUGCCCCUGCCGUCCUGCCGUUUGUUAGUGUUGUCCGGCAGUUCGCUCUCAUCCGUCAGUCUCAGUCGGUCAGUCGGUCAGUACUCAGUCUGUCGGUCGGUCGGUCGUUCGCUUACUCAAUUCUCAUUAUUAUUAAUUAUUAUUAACGUCAUAUAGAUGUGGUCGCGCACUGCACCGCCUGCAGCCCAAACGACGGCCGUGAAAAUUAGUGCUGCGGCGGCACCGACGGCGGCAGAAGCAACAGCAGCGGCAGCUAUGACCUCCGUACCUUGGAGGUGCCGAACGUGCGUCGCGACCAGCUGAAAUCCGACACCCGCUGCGGUACGAUAUUUUACGCGACCGCCGUGCGUGUGCGUAUUCCGUCAGCGAGUACACGACGUCGGAUAAUAAUAUUAUUUCAAAUAUUACAAUCAUUCACAGCAGUGACAGUUGUCGUUUCGCUCUCACCAGUGCAGUGAAAUCGUAGCACGCGCUGUAUCGUCGUUUGCGAGUUUUCGUUGUGGACCCGAACGUCGAGGCGAGUUCAACAGUUCUCCAAAACACGUACCUUCUGUGGUCUGCGGCCGGAGAUCGGUGAGUGUCUAGCACCCCCAUCAAUUCGUCUUGCACACGGUUACCAUGGGCCUCCUGUUUUCAAAAAUAUGGAGUUACUUCGGCACCGAAGAGCACAAAAUCGUCAUAAUUGGCCUGGACAAUGCGGGCAAAACUACCAUAUUGUAUCAGUUCCUAAUGAACGAAGUCGUACAUACUUCACCGACUAUUGGCUCAAACGUUGAAGAAGUGAUAUGGAAUAACAUACAUUUCAUAAUGUGGGAUCUGGGUGGACAGCAGUCCCUUAGAGCCGCUUGGUCCACCUACUACUGCAACACUGAGUUUGUCAUUGUGGUCAUCGACUCAACAGAUCGCAGUCGUCUGGAUUUGAGUCGUGAAGAACUUUAUAAGGUGUUGAACAAUGAAGAACUAUCUUCAGCUGCCGUUCUUGUUUAUGCCAACAAACAAGACAUGAAAGGUGCAUUAACCGCUGCAGAGAUCAGUAAACAUUUAAACCUGACUUCCAUUAAGAAACAACAGUGGCAUAUCCAAGCUUGUUGUGCAUUGACUGGUGAAGGAUUGUAUCAAGGUCUGGAGUGGAUAUGCAGUCAAUUGAAGAACAAAUAAACACCUGUUGUUAUUAUUUUUUUAUAUGAUGAU